AUGAAGAUCGACCCGGCCAGAGCAAAGGCCCUGGCGUCACAGCUCCAGAGCGUCAGAGAACGCAUUGCUGCGACCGCAAAUGGCCGAGCAGUAAGGCUAGUGGCGGUAUCAAAACUCAAGCCCGCCAACGACAUCCUGGCCCUUCACCAGGCCCCCAUCAACCAGGUCGAUUUCGGGGAGAACUACACCCAAGAGCUCUCACAAAAGGCAGCCAUCCUACCGCGGUCCAUCCAGUGGCACUUUAUCGGCGGCCUCCAGUCAGGCCACUGCAAGAACCUCGCCAAGAUCCCCAACCUCUUCUGCGUCUCCAGCAUCGACACCCUCAAGAAGGCCCAGCUCCUCGACAAGGCCCGCGGCGACCUGCGCCGCGCGGACCCGGCCGCCAGCCAGAUCGGCGUGCACGUCCAGGUCAACACCUCGGGCGAGGACGCCAAGUCGGGCUGCCAGCCGGGAGACGACGUCGUCGCCCUCUGCCGCGCCGUGCACAGCGACGACCAGUGCCCCAACCUGCGCCUGCUGGGCCUCAUGACCAUCGGCGCCUUUGCGCGCAGCGUCGCCACCGGCGCCGGCGAGGAGAACGACGACUUCCGCCUGCUGCGCGAGCAGCGCGACCUCGUGGCCCGGGAGCUGGGCCUCAGCGGCACCGAGGAGCUCGAGCUGAGCAUGGGGAUGAGCGAGGACUUUGAGGGUGCCAUCGCCAUGGGCAGCAGCGAGGUGCGGGUCGGGAGCACCAUCUUUGGUCAGAGGCCGGCGAACAAGGCGGAUGCCAAAUUGAUUGUGUAG